ACCAGGUGCUUGCUGAGGUUCUAAGCAACCUGGGAACCACAUGGUCACCUCCUCCCACUUGGGUCUGCUGCCCACAGUCCCGCCUUCAUCUGCAGCCCAAUAAAGGUGGAACCUCUGGGCGCAAGGCUCAGCAAGCUUCACUCAGUCCUGGGGCCAUGACACGGCUGCUUCUGCUCACUGUGGCCCUGCUAGUCCUGGGUCAUGUGCCACCAGGAAGAAGUGAGUUUAAGCGGUGUUGGCAAGGCCAAGGGGCCUGCCGCACUUACUGUACGAGGCACGAGUCCUACAUGCACCUGUGUCCGGAUGCCUCCCUGUGCUGUCUCGCCUACGCCCUGAAGCCUCCCCGGCUCCCCAAGGUGGACGACAAGUAACUACCUCUGGCGUCGGCAUCCUCACGAGCCAAUAAAACACAUUCUGCCAGUGA